CUUGAAGGAACCGAUGAAAUCUAAAAACGGGAAAAGCUUUUGGCUUCAAAAUAAUCGCCAACACUCUCUCCUCCGGAAGAAACACACAAACUUAGUUCAACUGACAGCUUACCAGCUACUAACUAAUAGCACGCAUUUUUGUCGCAGCAGCCUCGGCGUCUCCGCCUCCUCUCUCUUGUUCUCGACAAUUUUGCUCAAUUCCCCCUUUUAUUAAUAAGUUCCCUCGGGCAAAUCCCUCCCGUCCACUCUCUGCCUCCGCUCUGCAUUUUCUUCUCCUCGUUCCCAAUCCGCUGCCAGUCAAGUUCCCGGAAAUGGCGACUGUUUUCCAGGGAUUGGGAGCUACUGCUGCAAUUACUGCCGCCGCCAAUCCCCUCGAUUCCAACAAGUUACUUCUCUCCUCGAGGAGAUCCUUCCCAGGCAAGAAAACAAGCUUGGUUGUGGUUAGAUGUGAUGGUAGUCUGAACUUGAACACGGGCUCUAGUGCUGGAGCUCGCAGGCUUGACCAGUUAGUUACCAAUGCUGUUGCUACUAAGGCCGAUGCGGCUGCAGCAUCAUCUGCAUCUAAACCCGGACAUGAACUUCUGCUUUUUGAGGCCCUACGAGAAGGGCUAGAAGAAGAAAUGGACAGAGAUAAUCGGGUUUGUGUCAUGGGGGAAGAUGUGGGUCACUAUGGAGGUUCCUACAAGGUGACCAGAGGGCUAGCUGACAAGUUUGGGGAUCUCAGGGUUCUCGACACUCCAAUUGCUGAAAAUGCCUUCACCGGUAUGGGGAUUGGAGCUGCCAUGACUGGAUUACGCCCAAUUGUGGAAGGGAUGAAUAUGGGGUUUCUCCUCCUAGCUUUCAACCAGAUCUCAAACAACUGUGGCAUGCUCCACUACACCUCAGGUGGCCAGUUCACCAUCCCAAUCGUCAUCCGUGGGCCCGGUGGUGUUGGACGCCAGCUUGGUGCUGAGCACUCGCAGCGUCUUGAAUCGUAUUUCCAGUCCAUCCCUGGAAUCCAGAUGGUUGCAUGCUCCACUCCUUACAAUGCGAAGGGCUUGAUGAAAGCUGCAAUCCGAAGUGAGAACCCAGUGAUCCUUUUCGAGCACGUACUGCUUUACAACCUCAAGGAAAGAAUCCCGGAUGAAGAGUACAUCUGCAAUCUGGAGGAAGCGGAGAUGGUUAGGCCAGGGGAACAUAUCACCAUCUUGACCUACUCUCGAAUGAGAUAUCACGUGAUGCAGGCUGCUAAGACUUUGGUGAACAAGGGAUACGACCCUGAAGUGAUUGACAUCAGGUCCUUGAAACCUUUCGAUCUUCACACUAUUGGGAACUCAGUGAAGAAGACGCAUCGGGUGCUGAUAGUGGAGGAAUGCAUGAGGACGGGAGGGAUUGGUGCUAGCUUGACUGCAGCAAUCAACGAGAACUUCAUCGACUAUUUGGAUGCCCCAAUUAUGUGCUUAUCUUCACAGGAUGUUCCGACACCUUAUGCUGGGACACUGGAGGAAUUCACAAUUGUGCAGCCUGCCCAGAUUGUUACGGCAGUUGAGCAGUUAUGCCAGUAA